GGAAUACCUACGUUGAGGGUCUGCCGCUAGAUGGCGUGGGGGUGAAAGCAGUCCUUUUAAAAUCUCGCAGAAUCUCGCUCGCGGCUUUACACCAGAGUUUAACAUGGAACUUGGGCACGCGUCGCUGACCGUAAACGAACUUAAACGCAAAUUACUCGAAUGUGGAGCAUUAACAACUGGAAGGAAAUGUGAAUUGAUUGAAAGGUUAGACGCAUAUGAGAGGAAUGCAAACUUUUCUGAAGAGCCAAUAUUUGUACCGAAACCAGAUUUUGUGGAAUGGCCAAAUACAGGCUUCAAGACCCUCAGACAAGAACAUUCAGAGCAACUACCUGCAAUUUUCUUGGGGCCAAUAGAAGGGUAUUUUUUGCAUCACCAAGUUGCUGAGAGAACCGUGAAAGACAUAAAAGCAUUAGAGAAGGGAAGGAGGUUAUUGCAAUCCAACCGCAUUUUAACUGUCAGUGUGUGCUUCAACAAGCCCAGCACAUUUUUAACAGGAAUUGUGAGAGCCGCAAUGAAGAAGAAGGUGAGCUACAAUAUCAAGUUAAAAUUAGGAAAUCAGGGUGAGCCUGUUAACAGCCAUUGUGAGUGUCCAGGUGGGAUGGGCCCUCAUGGAACAUGCAAGCAUGUCGCCUCCGUUUUGCUUUUACUUGUUCAGCUGACAUCCACAGGUGAACUGGCCUUGACAGGUAGCUGUACUGAUGUUCUGCAGACUUUUCACAAACCAAAGAAAGCUCAUACAGGUUCUCCAAAGAAGGCCCAUGAUAUUGGGGGCAGUGCAGACCACCGCUUUCAAGACCCCAGGCCAGCCAAAUACAGAAACAAGGCAGGAUAUAAUGAUUAUGUCAGGAACCUGACCUUUCAUUUUACUUCGGUGUCAAGGAUUGAUGUGGCUACCAGAUAUGCAUACCCGAAAGCCAACUUACAGGCAGCAGUGAUGGACCAUGACUACUGCCAAGUGCCAUGGACAGAAUACAUCGUGGAUAGAGGGAAUGAUGUUGAGGAACAAGCAGCCAAGGACAUUGAACGUAGUACUGUGCAGCAAGGGAAGAGUGCAAUCUGGCACAAGGAGAGAGAAUGGAGGAUCACUGCAUCCAGAUUUGGCGAAAUAACAGCAGCAACAGAGAAGAGGGACAUGAACAAACUGUGUGAGUCGUUGUUGACUCCAAAACCUCUGCACACACCAGCAAUCCGGCAUGGACAGGAUUACGAGAAAAUUGCAAUACGCAAAUUUGAAGAAAGUCAAAAUCUCAAAGUUGAACAGUGUGGAUUGUUUAUUUGUCUGGAAGCUCCUUAUUUAGGGGCCACGCCAGAUGGUUUGAUUGGUGUAGAUGGCAUUCUCGAGGUCAAGUGCCCAUACAAAGGCAGAAACAUGACAGUCGGUACCGGACCCAAUUUCCCCUUCAUUGAAUGUGUAUCUGGUGCCUUUCGCCUAAAGAAAACGCACAAAUAUUAUGCUCAGGUACAAGGCCAGCUGUUUAUUACGAAACGUUCAUUCUGCUAUUUUGUUGUAUUUACCUUCAAAGAUCUGUUUGUGGAGUUGAUCCAUUCCGACACUGAAUAUUUUUCAACAUGCAUUUUGCCCAGGCUCACUUUAUUUUAUGAGAAACACUAUAGAAAGUAUGUGGCAGCUAGUUUGUAGAAAGGAUGAGAUGGUUUUA